GGUGCCGUUUCGGGGGGUGACAGUGCCGUUGUGUCCCCAGCCCUCCUGGUGGCCGUCAGGAUCAACGGCAAAGGCCGCGAGGUUCUGUACCUGGCCAAGGGCGACUCGGUCAAGCUGGGCUGUCCCUACGUCCUGGAGCCCGAGGACAACGGUCCCCAAGGCGUGGGCAUCGAGUGGAUCCAGAUCACACCCGAGAGAACCGGUCCCCAGGUGCUGUCCUACCAGGACCACCACGUGAAUUACGGCAGCUCGGGGCUGCAGGACCGGGUGGCGUUCGUGCAGACGGACCCGGGCCAGCGCGACGCGUCCAUCCGGGUGGCGGACCUGCAGGAGAGCGACACCGGCACCUACCAGUGCCGCGUCAAGAAGAACACGGUGGCCGUGCACGAGGUCAUUGUCACCGUGCAAGGUGAGGCGACAAGCCCGGCCCCCCCCGGAGCGCUCCCCU